CGUGUGAACAACUUUUUUUUCAAAGGGCAUUAUGUUGGAAUUAAGAGGAGGGGAUAGGCAAAUCAACAAGAAGCUUUAAAGCAGAACUGCCAAAGAAGACAGUCAGAAAAGCAUUGUUAGACUGAGUUAGAAACAGUGACAGCACAGAACUUAAAAAAAAAAAAAAAAAAAAAAUCGUGGAGGAAUUUAUUAAAUCUUUAAUGCUGCAACUUAACUUACAGAAACUGCCGAGCUGUCUGAAAGUUUUUGAAACUUCUCUUUUAGUCACUUGAUAUAUUGUUUUUAUUUUAUUUUUUUCGUGGCAAUUGUUAAAACGACAACAAACAUGCCACCUCUGAAGACUAUGGAUUACGAACCGCAUUUGGCUCCUCCGGUGCCGCCGCACAACAGUAACGAGACCGGCCACAGUGUCGGACAGGAGCGGAGUUUGAAAUGCGUAUUGCUGGGAGACGGGGCUGUUGGCAAGACCAGCCUGGUUGUCAGCUAUACUACGAAUGGAUACCCGACCAAAUACGUGCCCACUGCGUUUGACGACUUCUCAGCUGUGGUGCAGGUUGAUGGAAACCCAGUGAGACUUCAGUUCCGGGACACUGCUGGGCAGGAUGAGUUUGACAAGCUGCGACACUUCUGCUACCCGCGUGCCGAUGCCCUGCUGUUGUGUUUCAGCGUGGUGAGCCCUGCCUCCUUCCAGAACGUCUGGGAAAAGUGGGUGCCUGAAAUCCGGCGCCACUGCCCCUUGACACCGGUGGUCUUGGUGGGCACACAGUGCGACCUUCGCCAAGACGUGAAGGUGCUGAUCGAACUCAACCGACGACAAGAGAAACCGGUGCCCGAGGGCAACGCCAGGGCGCUGGCAGAAAAGAUUGGCGCCAUCGCAUACGUGGAGUGCUCAGCCCUGACACAGAAGAACCUGAAAGAGGUUUUCGACGUGGCGAUAUCGAACGGACUGAGUUUCUCCGAGCGCCGGGCGUGCAAAGAGAGGAAAAUGAAAAACACAGCAGAUAAAAUGAAAAUGCUCUCCAAAUCGUGGUGGAAGAAAUACGCUUGCCUGCAGUAACAAUUGACUGAAUCUAUUUAAAAUCCAGGAAGGUGGGGGUAUAGUCUCUUCUGUUGCUAUGAAGAGAAUACCUUUUCCUCAGCCUAUUCCAUCCCAGGUAUCAACCUUCCAAGGUGAUUUUUGAUGCUCUUGGAAGUUGAUAUUGAAAUUUGCAUUGGGAUCUGUUUAUUUUCCCUGAAUCCUUGUACUGUACCGUAAUAUAUUUAUUUUCUGAAAACUCUUUUUCUUUCUGGAAGAAUGUCUUGGUUAAGUCCUGUGGAUUUUCGUAUAAAUCUUUAAUAAUAAUACUAAACAAAAGUGUAAACCAGUGGUAACUUUUAAAGGUUUUAGAUUGAGCCAGGGCCUGGUUAGCGCAAUAGUCAUAAACUUUUUAAAAUUCGUUUAAUUCUGAAAAGGUAUUUUUAGUCUCCCUAUAAAGGUAUUGCUCACAUUGAAUCAGUCCCUGUAGACUUUUCUGUGCAUGAAAAAACAAAGGGCCUGGUUUGUUUAUGUCAUCAGAACCCAAUAACAUAGAGGGAGGUUGAAAUAUUAUCUAAAUAUUUAUAUAUCUCAAUAUAUGCAAGACAAUUCAAUACAUCAGUGCAUUGCGUAUUUAAGGCCAUGGUUUGAUCAAAACAUACACCACAAAUUGCACUUGAAUAAAGAGUUUUUUGUAAAUUUUUUCCUUAUUCUACUCCUGCUGGGGGAAUACAUUUGUAUCUUAUUGCUUCUCAUUUUUUAGAAGCUUAUAUCUUUUGUGCGUUAAUCAAACAGAUGUGUAUCAGCGAGGGGAAUGCAAUAUGUAUGAGAAACUGUAAAAAAAAUCCUCUUUUUUUUAACAGUUGUUGAAUCCAUUCUAACUGGGACCAAAUCUCUAAAAGGGGUAUGAUCUUUGUGAUAGUUAUCCAGUUAAACAAUUCUAUAUUUACAACGGUGUUGAUUGCAAUUCAGGCCUUUAGUCUGGUGGGUUUCACAUCCUGUUGUACAUUAUCUAUAGCGGGGAGCGCAAUACUUGUGGUUCCUACUUUAUCUUAUUGUCCAGGAAUAUUUUCCAAGACUACAGCCCCCUGUGAAAUGGUCUUGCCUGCUGGUUUAUGAAUGUUUGUUCCUUUUUACAUUUUAUUCACGUUUCAUUCACGCCUCUGAUGGGAACUGCGUUGUAAGCAGUUUGCUUUUAAUUGAAAUGGUGUCUUGAUUUUGAAAUAAAAUCAUUAUUUUUAAAAAAACAAA